CUGUAUGAUAGCGCCGAAAAUGUGAGCAAUGGUCGAUUGGGGGCCAGUUCCGCAGCGGCACUGAUGGGCUCGCCCGAAAGCGGCGCUUUUUCGCCCGGGAUCUCGUCACCAUUGCCAUGCGGAGCAAAUUCAGCGGGUCCAGUGAUUGCAUCCAGUGCCGCAUCUGAUACGUCCGAUUCGAGUGCCGUAACACCGAAUAAAAAAUCAACAACACGUCGUAACGCCUGGGGUAAUAUGUCCUAUGCCGAUCUCAUCACUCAGGCUAUCGUUAGCUCACCCGAAAAACGACUCACCCUUUCGCAAGGUAAGUAA